GUGCUUCUCGCACAUGUGUUUUGCUUCACGUUGGUGUUUUUCCGUAAAUUUUUCAGAAAAGAACUUAUAUUUUACGUGUUAGUACUGAGCUAUUCUGCUGUUCAAAAAUGGGGAAGAAAAAUAAGUCAAAAAACAAACAGGAAAAGGAACAAACACCCAGCCAAAACGGUAAAGCUUCGGUAGAUGAUUUGGAGCAAAAUUAUGAGCUUGAAUCGACCGACCCAAAAUUAGCAAAAAAGAAAAAGAAGCGAGCGAAUGACGAGCCACAACCCGGAGCUUUUGUGAAGAAGCCAAAAUACAGCGACGAUGAGAGUGCUGAACCCAGCGCGGAAGAAAAUGGCACAGAAGAAUUGCCCGCUAUAGCAGAGGGCAGUUCGUACGAAAUUCUGCUCGGUAAUCAAGAGUUCGAAUCACUCAAGGGCAAAGUUUCGGACAAUACACUGAAGGCGAUCACCGAGAUGGGUUUCAGCAAAAUGACGGAAAUCCAAGCGAAAGCAAUUCCUCCACUGUUGGAGGGUCGUGAUUUGAUUGGUUCGGCCAAAACGGGAAGCGGCAAAACGUUGGCCUUUCUUAUUCCGGUUGUUGAGCUGAUCUAUAAGUUGCAGUUCAAGCCACGGAACGGAACCGGGGUGAUAAUCAUUUCGCCUACCAGAGAACUAGCUAUGCAGAUUUUUGGUGUGCUGAAGGAAUUGAUGGCACACCAUCACCACACGUAUGGGUUGUUGAUGGGUGGUGCUAGCCGGCAUACGGAGAACGAGAAGCUUGCCAAGGGUUUGAAUAUUAUUGUUGCCACGCCUGGGCGGUUGCUGGAUCACUUGAAGGGAACGCCCAACUUUUUGUUUAAGAACUUGCAGUGCUUGGUUAUCGAUGAGUGCGAUCGGAUACUGGAGAUUGGGUUUGAGGAGGAUAUGAAACAGAUUAUUAGUAUUCUGCCCAAAAAACGACAAACAAUGCUCUUUUCGGCGACACAAACUGCCCGAACAGAGGAGUUGGGGAAGUUGGCAUUGAAAUCCGAACCCAUCUAUGUGGGUGUGGAUGACAACAAAGAGGAGGCCACAGUUAGUGGAUUAGAACAGGGCUAUAUUGUGUGCCCUUCGGAGAAGCGACUGCUGGUGUUGUUCACUUUUCUGAAAAAGAAUCGCAAGAAGAAGGUUAUGGUUUUCUUUUCUUCUUGCCUGUCCGUGAAGUUUCAUCAUGAACUUUUCAAUUAUAUCGAUCUGCCGGUCAAUUCGAUCCAUGGAAAACAAAAGCAAGCGAAACGCACAUCGGUUUUCUUCCAGUUCUGCAAUGCCGAAUCGGGAGUAUUACUCUGUACGGACGUGGCUGCCCGUGGUUUAGACAUUCCUGCCGUCGAUUGGAUUGUGCAGUAUGAUCCACCGAACGACACCAAGGAGUACAUUCAUCGGGUUGGUCGUACGGCACGUGGUGAGAACCUUUGCGGGCAUGCAUUGCUUAUUCUGCGCCCAGAAGAAGUCGGGUUUUUGAAGUACCUUAAGCAAGCGAAGGUUCCACUGAAUGAGUUCGAAUUCUCCUGGAGCAAAAUAGCCGAUAUUCAAUUGCAGUUGGAGCAUCUGCUGUCGAAAAAUUACUUCCUGAACCAGUCGGGCAAGCUGGCAUUCAAGUCGUAUGUGCGAGCGUACGAGGGCCAUCACAUGAAGGAUGUGUUCAAUGUGGGCAAUUUGGACCUGCUGCAGGUCGCGCGAAAUUUUGGCUUCACUCAGCCUCCGUACGUGGACUUUGGCAAGUCUUAUAAGAUUCAAAACUCGGAACGAAGACCGGGUAAUCGAGGACUGGGACACUUUAAAACGCUGAACAAGGACAAAAAGGGCGAGAUGAAGUUUAAGCAUAUUAAAAACCGCAAAGAGCUUAAAAAGGUUAAUUAUGAAUAGGAAGUUUUAAGCUUUUUUCUUAUUAGUAAGAAAUACAGAUUGUCU